GAACAGUCUCAAAGGCAGCUCCAGGCUGACACUGAGCAGUCUGGCGAGUGACACAAGAAGGCAUUCCUUGGCCGAGUGCUACAUUUUACACUUUGAUCCCACGAUUCCUUGGCGGAAAUUACGUCUGUGGGUCAGAAUCCGAAGUGUUCUCGGACAUCUACACGACAAAGUUAUAGAUGAAGUCAUACGUGACCCGUCGAGUCCAUUCUAUAUGCAGCGUGACGAAAACCCAGACCUCAAAGGCAUCAACAGAAACCACUAUGUGUUUUUUGAUCCUACUGAUUACAAGGCAAACCGGCAGAUGCGGACUUCACAAGAAGUGAAACGGAUUCUGACUCUUCCUCCAGAAAAGAGAUCCAAGGAAGAGAUCCAUUGU